GGUGACCUAGUUUGAGCUGCGGUGUACCGCGAGGCUCUUUGUAAGUCUUUUCGUGACGUCACCUGGUUAGCACUCACUACCGGGAAGUGACAAACAAAAUUUACCUGAGUAAGACUAGACUUGUUUCACGGUAGGGUUUAGGUCAUAAUUAAAUUAGAGCCGCUGUUGACGCACUAUACUUACCAGUUAAUUGUGAAACAAAGGCGCUGGUGUGGUAGCCGCUUCUGUUCAAGGUACGAGAACGCGAAAGAGAAAGUGCUACUAACUGAUACCAGCUUCUGUUUUGACCUUGUCGACAUUACGUGUCACGGCCAUGGCCGGUUAUCUCCUCAAAGUGCUAAUCUCCACUGCAACUUUACAAAGUGUGCUUCACGGCGCAGUCUCUUUGGAUUGUCUCUCCGAUCAGUGUAGUUAUGGCGGAAGUGGGGAACCCGCAUGCGUAACAUCCACGUCCACAGCAACAACCAUCACUUGUCCAUCCGGUGAACUUUGCUAUACUAAGAGGCAGUACCUGAAGUCCCCGGGUUACAUCUAUUACUUUGAGAGGAAGUGUAAAGCUGAUGUGGGCCGCAGCUGCACGGAGGACAACCACUACUACACGUGCGAGGAGUCCUGCAGCACCGAUGGCUGUAAUAAUGGGAACGGUGUUCCUAGUGGAUACGACCCUCUACCGUCAUCUACAACUACUACGACAAGUGCCCCUGGCGUGUCUACUUCCACCAGCAAUCCAGGUCGCCAGUGCUACAGUUGUACUUACGUCCAGUCAGCUGAUGCUUCGGUCGGUUACGAGUGUGUGAACGGCGUGACCACAAUUGAACCCAUUCCAUGUCCAUCUGAUAGAAUAUGUGUGGUCAAACGGGUCACUUCUCUCGCUACGGACAGAGUUAAUUCAUUUGAACGUGGCUGUCUACCAACAUCUUCCGUCACAGCAGGCUGCACUAAAGAUGUCUACUUCAACACAUGCACGACCACGUGUUGUGGACAUUUGUGCAACACAGGGACUGGAAUACCGGACAGCGAAACUACAACAACUGGUCGGUCCGGUGGCGGAAGUUUGAAGAGCAGUCCAUUCUUGUUUUUAGUUUUGCUCAGCUGUAUUUUGUCACGCGUGCAAAUGUCCUGACGUGUAGACGUGUAGUUCGUUAGCUGA